CCUUCCUGGAGCCCGCGCUAGGUGGGUGUCCCCUCGGCGCUGGUCGGCUGCCGCCUGCACCAGCCAUGGACUGCUACACCGCGAACUGGAACCCGCUUGGGGACUCUGCCUUUUACCGCACGUCUCUUGGUGAUCCAUGCAUAUCUCAGAUUGCAGUCAUCUUGUGCCAGUUUGCCAGUUUGAAAUAUGAGCUGUAUAGCAUGGACUGGGACCUGAAGGAGGAACUGAGGGACUGCCUGGUGGCCGCCGCGCCCUAUGGGGGCCCCAUUGCGCUGCUGAGGAACCCUGGGCGGAAGGAGAAGCCUGCCAGCGCACGGCCAGUUCUCGAGAUCUACUCGGCUUCUGGUGUGCCUCUGGCCAGUCUGCUGUGGAAGAGUGGGCCCAUGGUGUCCCUGGGCUGGUCAGCUGAGGAGGAGCUGCUCUGUGUGCAGGAAGAUGGGGUCGUGCUGGUUUAUGGGCUUCAUGGUGACUUCCGGAGACACUUCAGCAUGGGCAAUGAGGUGCUCCAGAACCGGGUUCUAGAUGCCCGGAUCUUCCAUACUGAGUUUGGUUCUGGGGUGGCCAUCCUCACAGGGGCUCACCGCUUCACCCUCAGUGCCAAUGUGGGCGACCUCAAACUCCGCCGGAUGCCAGAGGUGCCAGGUCUGCAGAGUGCACCCUCAUGCUGGACCACAGUGUGCCAGGACCGAGUGGCACACAUUCUUCUGGCUGUAGGACCUGAUCUUUACCUCCUGGAUCACGCAGCCUGCUCUGCAGUGAUACCACCUGGCCUAGCUCCAGGAGUGAGCAGCUUCCUGCAGAUGGCUGUCUCCUUCACCUACAGACACCUGGCGCUCUUCACAGACACAGGGUACAUCUGGAUGGGGACAGCAUCUCUCAAGGAGAAGCUGUGUGAGUUCAACUGCAACAUCCGGGCUCCCCCGAAGCAGAUGGUCUGGUGCAGCCGUCCUCGCAGCAAGGAGAGGGCCGUUGUGGUAGGCUGGGAGAGGCGGCUAAUGGUGGUGGGCGACGCACCUGAGGGCAUCCAGUUCGUGCUGGAUGAGGACUCCUACCUGGUGCCUGAGCUGGAUGGGGUCCGCAUCUUCUCCCGCAGUACCCAUGAGUUCUUGCACGAGGUUCCAGUGGCCAGCGAGGAGAUCUUUAAAAUUGCCUCAAUGGCCCCUGGAGCGCUACUGUUGGAGGCCCAGAAGGAAUAUGAGAAAGAGAGCCAGAAGGCGGAUGAGUACCUGCGGGAGAUCCAGGAGCUGGGGCAGCUGCCCCAGGCCGUGCAGCAGUGCAUCGAGGCAGCGGGACAUGAGCACUGGCCAGACAUGCAGAAGAGUCUGCUCAGGGCGGCCUCCUUUGGAAAGUGUUUCCUGGACAGAUUUCCACCCGACAGCUUUGUGCGCAUGUGUCAGGACCUUCGUGUACUCAAUGCCAUUCGGGACUAUCACAUCGGGAUUCCCCUCACCUAUAGCCAAUACAAGCAGCUCACCAUCCAGGUGCUGCUGGACAGGCUUGUGUUGCGGAGGCUUUACCCCCUGGCCAUUCAGAUAUGUGAGUACCUGCGGCUUCCUGAAGUGCAGGGCGUCAGCAGAAUCCUGGCCCACUGGGCCUGCUACAAGGUACAACAGAAGGACGUGUCUGACGAGGAUGUUGCUCGAGCCAUUAACCAGAAGCUGGGGGACACACCUGGUGUCUCUUACUCUGACAUUGCUGCACGAGCCUAUGGCUGUGGCCGCACGGAGCUGGCCAUCAAGCUGCUGGAAUAUGAGCCACGCUCUGGGGAACAGGUUCCCCUUCUCCUAAAGAUGAAGAGGAGCAAACUGGCACUAAGCAAGGCCAUCGAGAGUGGGGAUACUGACCUGGUGUUCACGGUGCUGCUGCACCUGAAGAAUGAGCUGAACCGAGGAGACUUUUUCAUGACUCUUCGGAACCAGCCCAUGGCCUUAAGUUUGUACCGACAGUUCUGUAAGCAUCAAGAGCUAGAGACGCUGAAGGACCUUUACAAUCAGGAUGACAACCACCAGGAGCUGGGCAGCUUCCACAUCCGAGCCAGCUACGCUGCAGAGGAGCGUAUUGAGGGGCGAGUUGCAGCUCUGCAGACGGCAGCCGACGCAUUCUACAAGGCCAAGAAUGAGUUUGCAGCCAAGGCCACAGAGGAUCAAAUGCGGCUCCUACGGCUGCAGCGACGCCUAGAAGAUGAGCUGGGGGGCCGGUUCUUAGACCUGUCUCUACACGACACGGUCACCACCCUCAUCCUCAGCGGCCAAAACAAGCGCGCGGAGCAGCUGGCACGUGACUUCCGCAUCCCUGAUAAGAGGCUCUGGUGGCUGAAGCUGACCGCCCUGGCAGAUCUAGAAGACUGGGAGGAGCUAGAGAAGUUUUCUAAGAGCAAGAAAUCACCCAUCGGCUAUCUGCCCUUUGUGGAAAUCUGCAUGAAGCAACACAACAAAUAUGAAGCCAAAAAGUAUGCUUCCCGCGUGGGUCCCGAGCAGAAGGUCAAGGCCUUGCUUCUUGUUGGGGACGUGGCUCAGGCUGCAGACGUUGCCAUCGAGCACCGGAGUGAGGCAGAGAUGAGCCUCGUAUUGUCCCACUGCACCGGAGCCACAGAUGGGGCCACGGCUGACAAGAUUCAGCGGGCCCGGGCUCAAGCCCAGAAGAAGUGAGGGACCCACCUGCUCAUCUCCACAAGCCCUGGGCCUGGCAGAAGUGUCAUUGCUCAUCUAGCUCUUCCCCCAGAGCAAAGCCCGAAGAGCUGGGAUGAGAACCAGGGUUCUGGUUGUAAAUAAAGUCGAAACAUUUUAGAGCACUUGUCUAUGCAAGUCCAGUCUAAGCAAAAGCAAGCUGGAGGCAGAACCUUCCAGAUACCUCAGCAGAACCAUGUGUUUGAUUGUGGGGGUACUGGAGAGGGAGCUUCUCCAGUGAUAUUUACAGACCCGUCUCCACAGUUACCAAGGAAAGUCCUCUCAAGCUCACAGCCCCUAGGAAGAUUAUGGGGAGAGAUGGCACAAAACAUAAUAAGCACCAAGCCAUCAAGAACCACACUGAAAAGCAUUACACCCACACGCAUACACACGAAACAUGCUAAGCACUUUCCCAUUGUUUUCAUUUAUUCCACAAGACAGCCCUGUGAGAUAGUUAAUAUCACCCCAUUUUACAGAAGAGGAUCGAGGAUGGGGGAGCAAGUAUGUGGCAAGACUGGGAUUUGAAACCAUAUUGGACAUUUGGGGGUCUUAGAGCUUCUCCUUGGCUGUUGUGACAGAGGAGGGAUGACUCAGCUGGACCUGCAGUCAGGCCCUCUGAGCAGGGGAUCCUGAAGCAAGGCCCCUGGUUUGCACUACAGUGAGAAUUGGAGGACUAAUGAGAGGCAUGUGGCCAUUGGAUUGGAGGGGUCAAGGAGGAGCCUUUGGAAACCCUGCCCACUGGAUAGUGGUGAGCAAUUCUGAGUGGUCUCUGGACUGAAGAGAAAAGGAGAAUGGAAUGUCUCCUUUUGGCAGUUCUGUCAAGGAAGAACUGCAAACUGGAGACCCCUGGCUCCCCACUCCCCUCAAUGGAGGCUUUGCCUCCAGUCAGUGGGAAUGCCUUCGUGGCCCUCCAGGCUCUCUGCCUCUGGCCUCUGUACUCCAGUGCACUUUGGCUUCAUGCCCUAGCGCCCCUAUCCAACACUGAGGGCAUUACCUUUCUUCUUGUUGCCCCCGUUAAGUCUUGAAGGAAGACAAAGGAGGAAACCAAAGCCCAGAGAGAAGGCAGGCCUCCCUGGAACAUCUGGCUUUCCCCUCUUUGACGCCCCUAGGGCUAUGCUUAAAAAGAGUGAGAGACUCAAGCUUGGUAAGAUGUUUCUGUUUCUUUUUCUUCCCCCACCUGAUUUGUAAAUGUAAGUUUGUGAAAAUCCUGCAAGGGGAUAUAAAUCAAAUUAUAAAAUAAUCAUUUGUUAUUCUCACCACUUAGAGAACUUGAACAGGAUAAAACAGGGAUGGUUUGUCUGCUCCACAAUGUCUAGGGCAUCAGCUGGCAGACUCAAAGUUUGGGGGUGACUUGACAGCUAGGGACUGGAAUCUGAGGGCUUGGCAACUCACAUGUCUGGCAGUUGAAGCUGGUUGUUGACUGGAACCUUAGUUCUGUCAGCCAGAGCACCUACCUCACAACAUAGCAGCGGGGUCCCAAGGGCAGCAUCCCAGGAGAGCCACGUAGAGCUGUACUGCCUUCUCUAACCUAGUUUUGGAAGUCACACAGUAUCAUACCUGUCAUAUUCUGUUUGUCAAGGCAGUUACAUGGGCCUACCCCAUCCAAUUCCAAGGGGAAAUAGAUUCCAUCUUUUGAUAGAGGAGUAGCAAGGCUCUGGAAGAGUGUGUAAAACUGGAAAUUUGGCCAGUUUGGAAAUUUGGAAUCACAGUCUGGCACAAUCUAUCAACCUUCCCUCUUAGAAUCAGCAGACACCUUCAGGGAAAGGAAAGGAGAUUCCCAAUACUGGGGUCACUCUGGGAUUUUUUUCCUCCUCAGUCUUGCCCCCACAGUUCUCCACUGCCCUGGUACCUCUUCAGUGCCUUUUUUUUUCUUGGCCACGCUGUGUGGCAUGUGGGAUCUUAGUUCUCCGACCAGGGAUCGAACCUGUGCCCCCAGCAGUGGAAGCGUGGAGUUCUAACCACGGGACCGCCAGGGAAUUCCCUUCAGUGCUUUUAACAAAUGUUUUCUCCAGCUUUUCUAACUAGAAAAAGAGUUGGAACCAUCCAACUCAGUCCUCUUUCUCUGGAAGGGGGGCCCUGGGCAGUGCAUUUAGAAUGUACACAAUAAAAGCCUGUGUCCCCAAACAUACAGCGUAUUUACUCAUGUGAUAUACAAACACUAAGCACUGUACAUAUGAGGACUUCCCU